AUGUACGAAGGGAUUGACAACCUGAAAUCCCUUUACGACCGUGCCGGGAAGACUUUCUCCGGCGGUCCUUCUGCGGCACAGGAUGUGCCGCGUCGUACUGCUCAACCAGACCCAGUACGUCGAUCAUCAGUUGGGAGCGGGGCUCCCAAGAAUCCCAGGACGGGGGAUAACCGCGCCACCGGACGAGAUAACUCGUCCGACGUCCGUUCACGUCGCGGUGGUUCAACAGCUGCUCAACUAGAUAGCGCUGGCCACCGCAAGAGUCCUCUAAUGGAGGUGGAGGAGGAGGAAAGACGCUCUCCACACGAUCAUGUGGAUCGGUGUGUUCCCGAGAGCUUCUUUGAUCGCGUAACGCAAGGGUUACGCGACGAUCUCGAGCAUGAGCGGAAUAGGCGUCUCCAAAUGGCGGACACUGCCUCGAAGCAUCGAGCUGAGUUUGCCUUUGCUCAGCUUGAGAACGAGAGAUCUCUGACAUCUCUUCGUGACGAGCUAAGGGUAGCUCGUGGGAUUGCUGAUCGGUCUCGGGCUGAGAUAACUGCUCUUCAUACCCUUGUCGAUGUCCACCAUCGGGAGCACAAGGCUCUCUGCGAGAUGCUUGAGCGCAAGGGCGUUCUUCAUCGGAAGAAGCAGCGUACUGAUGGUACGGCUUAA